AUGGGGGCUCCCAGCAUGGGUGCUCCCAGCAUGGGUGCUCCCAGCAUGGGUGCUCCCAGCAUGGGUGCACCCAGCAUGGGUGCACCCAGCAUGGGUGCUCCCAGCAUGGGUGCUCCCAGCAUGGGUGCUCCCAGCAUGGGGGCUCCCAGCAUGGGUGCUCCCAGCAUGGGUGCUCCCAGCAUGGGUGCUCCCAGCAUGGGUGCUCCCAGCAUGGGUGCUCCCAGCAUGGGUGCUCCCAGCAUGGGUGCUCCCAGCAUGGGUGCACCCAGCAUGGGUGCUCCCAGCAUGGGUGCUCCCAGCAUGGGUGCUCCCAGCAUGGGUGCUCCCAGCAUGGAUGCUCCCAGCAUGGGUGCUCCCAGCAUGGGUGCACCCAGCAUGGGUGCUCCCAGCAUGGGUGCUCCCAGCAUGGGUGCUCCCAGCAUGGGUGCUCCCAGCAUGGGUGCUCAUAGCAUGGGGGCUCCCAGCAUGGGGGCUCCCAGCAUGGGUGCUCAUAGCAUGGGUGCUCCCAGUAUGGGGGCUCCCAGCAUGGGUGCUCCCAGCAUGGGUGCUCCCAGCAUGGGUGCUCCCAGCAUGGGUGCUCCCAGCAUGGGUGCUCCCAGCAUGGGGGCUCCCAGCAUGGGUGCUCCCAGCAUGGGUGCUCCCAGCAUGGAUGCUCCCAGCAUGGGUGCUCAUAGCAUGGGGGCUCCCAGCAUGGGUGCUCCCAGCAUGGGUGCCCCCAGCAUGGGUGCUCCCAGCAUGGGUGCUCCCAGCAUGGGUGCUCAUAGCAUGGGGGCUCCCAGCAUGGGUGCUCCCAGCAUGGGUGCUCCUAGCAUGGGUGCUCAUAGCAUGGGGGCUCCCAGCAUGGGUGCUCCCAGCAUGGGGGCUCCCAGCAUGGGUGCUCCCAGCAUGGGUGCACCCAGCAUGGGGGCUCCCAGCAUGGGUGCUCCCAGCAUGGGGGCUCCCAGCAUGGGUGCUCCCAGCAUGGGUGCUCCCAGCAUGGGUGCUCCCAGCAUGGGUGCUCCCAGCAUGGGUGCUCCCAGCAUGGGUGCUCCCAGCAUGGGUGCUCCCAGCAUGGGUGCUCCCAGCAUGGGUGCUCCCAGCAUGGGGCUGCUCCCAGCAUGGGUGCUCCCAGCAUGGGGGCUCCCAGCAUGGGUGCUCCCAGCAUGGGGGCUCCCAGCAUGGGUGCUCCCAGCAUGGGUGCUCCCAGCAUGGGUGCUCCCAGCAUGGGUGCUCCCAGCAUGGGUGCUCCCAGCAUGGGUGCUCCCAACAUGA